GCCGGGGGUGAGCAGCGGGCGCGCGGGGAGCGGAUCGCAGUGAAGCGCGAGCGGCGACAUGAACAGGAAGAAGAGCGAUAAGGGGUUUGAGAGUCCGCGGCCUUAUAAACUAACUCACCAGGUGGUCUGCAUAAAUAAUAUAAACUUCCAGAGGAAGUCUGUUAUAGGUUAUGUGGAGUUGACUAUAUUUCCAUCAGUUGCCAACCUCAACAGAAUUAAAUUGAACAGCAAGCAAUGUCGGAUUUACAGAGUAAGAGUAAAUGAUUUAGAAGCUGCUUUCAUUUACAAUGAUCCAACACUCGAAGUCUGCCAUCAUGAAUCAAAGCAGAGAAAUCUAAAUUAUUUUGCCAAUGCCUAUACAGCAGCAGUCAGUGCUGUUGACCCAGACACUGGAAAUGGAGAACUGUGCAUCAAGGUUCCAUCUGAACUAUGGAAACAUGUUGAUGAGAUGAAGGUCUUGAAGGUAUAUAUAGAAUUUUCCUUGGACCAGCCAAAGGGAGGUCUCCAUUUUGUGGUGCCCGAUAUGGAAGGCAGCAUGGCUGAGAGAGGUGCACAUGCCUUCUCCUUUGGCUAUGAAAACUGUACAAGGUUCUGGUUUCCCUGUGUUGACUCGUACUCUGAACUGUGCACGUGGAAACUUGAGUUCACAGUUGACGCUGCUAUGGUCGCAGUUUCAAAUGGAGAUUUGGUGGAAACAAUUUAUACCCAUGACAUGAGGAAGAAGACUUUCCAUUACACUCUGACUAUUCCUACAGCAGCUCCAAAUAUUUCACUAGCAGUUGGUCCCUUUGAAAUUCUGGUGGAUCCUUACAUGCAUGAGGUAACGCACUUCUGUUUACCCCAGCUGCUUCCUCUCCUCAAACAUACCACAUCCUUUCUUCAUGAGAUUUUUGAAUUUUAUGAGGAGAUUUUGACCUGCCGAUACCCAUAUGCCUGUUACAAGACUGUAUUUGUUGAUGAAGCUUAUAUAGAAGUUGCUUCCUACGCAUCUAUGAGUAUUUUAAGCACAAACCUCCUGCACAGUGCCAUGAUUAUAGAUCAGACGCCGCUUACCAGACGCUGUUUAGCACAAGCUUUGGCUCAGCAGUUCUUUGGCUGCUUUAUUUCCAGAAUGUCGUGGUCAGAUGAGUGGGUGUUGAAAGGGAUCUCGGGAUACAUUUAUGGCCUUUGGAUGAAGAAGACCUUUGGUGUGAAUGAGUAUAGGCACUGGAUCAAAGAGGAACUGGACAGAAUAGUCGAAUAUGAAUUGAGAACCGGUGGCGUUUUACUGCAUCCCACGUUGACUGGGGUGAAAGAAAAAGAAAUGCCUGCUGCAAAUCUGCACUUUUCAAUCCGGCAUCCUCAUACAAUGUCCUGGAGGUAUUACAAGAUGUUUCAAUGUAAAGCCCACCUGGUGCUGCGACUCAUUGAGAACAGGAUCAGUAUGGAAUUUAUGCUGCAGGUCUUCAACAAGCUGUUGAGUUUAGCCAGCACUGCAUCAUCCCAGAAGUUCCAGUCUCACAUGUGGAGUCAGAUGCUGCUGUCAACAAGUGGCUUUUUGAAAUCCAUCUCUAAUGUGUCUGGAAAAGAUAUCCAACCUUUAAUAAAACAGUGGGUUGACCAGAGUAGCGUUGUGAAGUUCUUCGGCAGCUUCGCAUUUAAUAGGAAAAGAAACAUUUUGGAGUUGGAACUGAAGCAAGAUUACACAUCGUUGGGCACCCAGAAAUAUGUGGGACCACUGAAAGUGACAGUUCAAGAACUGGAUGGGUCAUUUAAUCACACUCUGCAAAUUGAGGAGAACAGCUUAAAACACGAUAUUCCUUGCCACUCCAAGAGCAGACGAAAUAAGAAAAAGAAGAUCCCACUGUUGAAUGGGGAAGAAGUGGACAUGGAUCUUUCUGCAAUGGAUGCUGAUUCUCCAUUGCUGUGGAUAAGGAUCGACCCAGACAUGUCUGUUUUGAGAAAGGUGGAAUUUGAGCAGGCUGAUUUCAUGUGGCAGUACCAGCUCCGCUAUGAAAGGGAUGUAGUUGCACAGGAAGAAUCGAUUUCUGCGUUAGCAAAGUUUCCUACUCCAGCAUCUCGUCUAGCUCUAACUGAUAUUUUGGAACAAGAACAGUGUUUCUACAAAGUCCGAAUGGGAGCUUGCUUUCGUCUGGCAAAGAUUGCAAAUUCCAUGGUGAGCACUUGGACAGGGCCACCAGCCAUGAAGUCGCUGUUCACUCGCAUGUUCUGCUGCAAGAGUUGUACAAAUAUCGUCAAGACCAACAAUUUCAUGAACUUUCAAAGCUACUUUCUGCAGAAGACUAUGCCAGUUGCAAUGGCAUUGCUGAGGGAUGUCCAUAACCAGUGUCCUAAAGAAGUGCUGGCCUUUAUUUUGGAUCUAAUUAAAUACAAUGACAACAGAAAGAAUAAGUUUUCAGACAAUUAUUACCGUGCUGAGCUUAUAGACGCACUUGCAAACUCAGUGACACCUGCAAUUAGCAUCAAUAAUGAAAUUCGAACAUUAGAUAACCUGAACCCUGAUAUCCGGCUGAUUCUGGAGGAGAUCACCAGAUUUCUAAACAUGGAGAAACUGCUUCCAAGCUAUAGAAACACAAUCACUGUCAGUUGCCUGAAAGCUAUUCGAGUGCUGCAAAAGAAUGGUCAUAUUCCUAGUGAUCCUUCACUCUUCAAAUCAUAUGCAGAAAAUGGUCACUUUGUUGAUGUGCGCAUUGCAGCCUUGGAAGCAGUUGUGGACUACACGCAAGUGGACAGAAGCACUGAUGAACUGCAAUGGCUGCUAGAUCUGGUCCAAAAUGAUCCUGUGCCUUAUAUAAGGCAUAAGGUUUUGAGCAUGCUGAAUAAGAAUCCACCGUUUACCAAGAGUGCAGAAUCUCCUCUGUGCAAUGAGGCCCUGGUGGACCAGCUCUGGAAACUAAUGAACUCAGGGACUUCGCAUGACUGGAGACUGAGAUGUGAUGGUGUGGACAUGUACUAUACCUUGUUUGGCCUUAGCAGACCUUCUUGUCUCCCUCUGCCUGAGCUUGGCCUGGUCCUCAACCUCAAAGAAAAGAAGACUGUGCUGAACCCUAUCAUUAUCCCUGACCCGGGAGCAAGUAAUCCAGAGGCUAUGGGCAAUCCAAGUAUUCAUGGACCAAUGGCUGGUUACCAGAUAAGUGAGGAGGACCAUCUUGCCAAAGAUUCGAUAUCCAGUGGAUCUGGAAUUCAGCAGGGCGUAAAGAGAAAGGCUGAGACCCCACUUGGUUCCCCACUGGAACCUGGCCAGAUCCUGGAGAAAGAUGAAGACAACAGUAAAGUCAAACUGAAAAUUAAAUUUUCUAAUUCUCAGGAAGAUGAGGAGAUUGAUAUGGAAUCUGUUCAUGAUAGCCAAGCUUUUAUUUACCACCACUUGAACAUUCUUGAGCGUCCAUCCACUCCAGGCAAAGAAACGGCAGCCACAGAACCAUCUAUUAUCUCAUUACCAACUGUCCCACUUCCUUCACUGGUUAAAGAUUCUAGCUCAUCUAAGCAUGGCGAGCACCACCAUCACCACCAUCAUGAACACAAGAAAAAGAAGAAGAAACAUAAACAUAAGCACAAGCAUAAACAUAAACAUGAAGGAAAAGACAAAGAAAAGGACCUAUUUGCAUUUGUUAGCAGCCCAGCGAGUGGACGGUCUCCAAACUCUCCUUCAAUUUCGGACUAAAAUGAAUGGUGAACUGCCUCAGGAGGCCGAUAUAGCAACAGUUUUCAAAUGAGGUGCACUGGAAAUACUACUCAGCAAAAUGAUCCCUCCUUCCUGAAAUCAUUAUCGUUUACAGUGCAAGAAACCAGAACUGUAUUCAUUACUAGGGUAUAAUCUAUGUAUACAAACUGACUGAAACUUGGUUCACUCAUUCCAUGUGUUCAGCUGACCUAAAUUGGCAGCUUGUUGUUUUUCUGACAAAACAAACACUCCUGUUUUUCGAGAUUGGUUUAUACUUUGGUUAUAUAUUCCUGCAUUAUUCUUCUGCAGAAACGUCUUUCCAAUAGAUCCAAGCUGAUCUAAGAGCAAUUAGACUGUUAGGAUAAGUGAACAUUUAUGGUCAUCAAUAAAUUAAACAUCUUGCAAUGCAAUUUCAUUUACAUUGCUGUUAAAACUGAAACACAACUGCAGUUUUUGUGCAGUUUUAAUGAUGGGAGUGUUUGGAUCUGUCUGUUGCAGUUCCAAACGUGUUGUUUCGAACGAAAAAUGGUUCGCUUUAAAACCUUGUAACAUACAGUGAACAAUAACUCAGUAUUUACCAAGCAGUAUGUACACAGUAAUUCUUUGUCACAGUCCACUGGGAUUACAAAAUAAAAUUGUGACUCAGUUGAAGGAUGUUUUAAUUUAAAAAAAACCAACAGGUUUCUGUGAGCUUGUGCUGAUUUGGCUGGCAGUAGUAUUUGCCUUCAAAUUUAACGUAUGAUACCCUGUCAUCUAAUUAUGGCAUUGAUUAUUUUACUUCCACCAAAGCUCAUGGCACAAGGCAUUUUUAACAAAAAUGUGAUUGUAUUGCAUUUCAUCUGAUUUUAUUAGAACAUUUUUGGAUCUCUGUAAAUAGAUAACAACAUUUUCCAUUUUUAGUUUUUUGACUAUUGUAGCCGAUGAUGGAAUAAUUGCUUGCAUUUUUAUACUGGUUUUGUGCAACAGAGUGCUUACUGAUUUUGUUUGUAGAUUUACUGUGUGCAUACAACAUACUAUGAAUCACUGAAUUUGCUGCAACAGUCCAUCUCAGCACCAAAAACAUUUUCCACAUAGGUCCAAGCAAGGUAGACAAUUUUUUUAAACAUUUUUUUAUAUAAAACUAUGUACUGAACUUUGUAAUCAUUUGAUUCUAUGGUGAAAUCCUGACAAUGUUAAUAAAUGAUUGCUUUAGCAAAUAUAACUUUUAAAAA